UGAAAUAUGAUAUAUUUUGGCAAUAGAAAAAAUAUAAUAAUAUAUAAUAUAUGACAUAUAUAGUAUCCUUAACGUGUAUUCUAUAGGACGUAAAAUAAAACGUGUAUUCUAUAGAAUGUAUUGAAAAAUAUAAUAUUAUACUUUUUGAUUUAAUAUUUUCUUGUGUCAAUUGGUACAAAUGUUUGUUUUCAUAUUAUGUCUCGAGUGUAUUGAAAGUAUUACAAUUUUUCUUAAUAACAUUUUCCCACUGAUGUGAUAUCCCUAUUAGUUAUAACUUGUAUUAUCUCCGGUGCUACUCACGAACAAUAUUUAUAAAAACGAAAUAUAAUAUAUAUUUGCAAUGAAAAGUGCUGUAUUAAAUUAAAAAUAUAAGUUUUCUGAUUAUAUCUUACAAAACUCCAAGACAAAUGUAAAAUCUCUUUUCAAAAACUAUAUUAAUUGACUAUAUAUAAGAGUUUUAAAACAUUUAUCAAAUUUUUAGUGAUAAAACUCGUCAACUAAGUUUUCAACAUUAAAAACUCUUAUCUUACAAAUCGUUAAUGUAUUUCACCCUCCAUCUAAAAUACUAUGACGGAAGGUAACAUACGUUAAUGAAAUUAAAGUUUUGUAUUUCUUUCAUCGAAUAUUUAGUUGAGAGGUUGUUCUAUCACCAUCUUUAGUUGAGGGAUUUAAUACUAUAACAGAUUAUGAUAGAUUGAAACAAACUAAAUGAAAAUAUUAUAGUCAAAUAAAUAUGAAUUGCAUACCUUAUAUUGAUGGAAUAAAAAGAUAUUGAAAUGUAUCAGAAUGGUAAAAUUGAUAUUCAAAUAUAAAACUAGCAAAUUUGAAUUGACCUUGUUUCUAGAUAACUCAAAAUACUAAUUGCUGGUAUCUGACAUUUAGCUAUAAAUACACAAAGUUCCUUCAUAAAAACACCAACCAAUAUUUUAUUGUUCCAGUUAUCUCUAAAGAAAUGAUGAAAAAAAGUAAAGGUCGUCAAAAAACAAAAAUGGUCAAAAUGGAUAAAGAAAAUAACCUUCAAGUUACGUUUUCUAAAAGAAAAAAUGGUCUUUUCAAAAAGGCUUGUGAGCUUUGUACACUUUGUGAUGCUGAGGUCGCUAUUUUUGUGUUUUCACCUAGUGGAAAAGUUUAUUCUUUUGGUCAUCUAGACGUAGAAACUAUAAUAAAUCGAUUCGAAGGCAUUGAAAAUCCACCUCUCAACCCACAACCCAACAUGCAACUUGAUGAAAUCCAUCGAAACUCUCCGAUUCAAGAUCUGAACAAUGAUCUUACUGAGCUGAUGAACCAACUAGAAUUAGAGCAAAAAAAGACUGAAGACUUGAAGAACAAAAGAAAAAAUUCCAAAGUCCCUGAGAUUUGGUUGAAAGAUUCCAUUGGAGGACUUGACUUAGGUCAAGCCAAAGAAUUCAAAGGUAAACUUGAAAAUCUGAAGAAACAAGUGAGAUAUGAAGCUUUCAAAAUCCUCCAAGGAAGAUAUCCUCAUCCAAGUUUCUAUGUGGGAAGCUCUAGUAAUGCUCUUUUUGGGGUUGAUGGUGGUAUUAAUAUCAAUCCAAAUAUGAACCUGUUUGAUCAAAGAAGAAUGGUGAACAUGAAUAAUUUCUACAACCAUAACAUGGCUCUCCCCAAUCAUCCAUUACCAUUUGGAAACUACGGUCAUGCUGAGGGAUUUGUUCCGGGAUACAAUUACAUACCAGAGCCUAAUCCAACUGAAAACCAAAACCCGAGUUCCAAAGAAGAAAAUGAAGCUGGAAAUGAACAUCAUCAUGAUGGCCAUUCUCCUGACCCUAGAUCUGAUUAAUAUUAAUAAUUUCUGAUGUGGUGCAGUUGAAGACAAAAAUCAUGUUUUUAGGUUGUACUCAUCUCUUCUAAGUAUGUUGUGUUUAUCUUCUUUUGCAGUAUUCCUCAUUUCUCCUUGUUAUGUUGUGUUUUUCUUUUGCUUAUUCAGAAUUAUGCUAUUGUUAUAUUUUCCUUAUUUUUCUCUGAAGUGUUCCUUUUAAAAGAAAAAAGAUUGUAACAUUCUCUAUUUUAUUAAUGGAUUUCAUUAUUCGAUUAUCGUCGGUUAUUGUAAAGAUAGAGCCUUGGGCGGUGUCAGUUUGAUGAAUCAUGGCUCGAGAUGAUUGGAUUAGUGGAGAAGGUUGAGUUCUAACUUCCGAUUAAAAUCGUUGUCGCAGGUCUUAAUGGUUCUAGACGUUGUUUAAUUAUCUCCUACUCAUGUGAAACUUACCGAUAAGAAGAGUUCUUGCUGAGAAAUGUUCUGGAGUAUUAUACGUAUAUGAAAGCAUAUUACGUAUAUAGUUUACUAAAAUAAUAAAAUUCUUUCGAGGACAAAUAUCUAAUAUGUUACAUAUUUUUCAAAAAUGAAUUAUAACAAAUUGAAAUCCAAUCUCUCUAAAACCAAGUUACAUUGGUGGGCCCUCACAGCCAUACCGGUCGGAUUUGUUCUACUUGCUUCUAUAGCUUUGUGGUGUUUCAGCUAAGUGUUUUUUUUUCUUAUUUCGGAUAUAUAUCUAGAUCAAAAUAUUUGAAGUUUCUUUUUUGAUUUCCGGGCUUGGGUGCAUGUCCUUCCGUUUUUUUUCUGAUCCUCGUUGUUAUUGUGUUUCGCUGGUCUUCUAUGGUGGCGACGCUGUUGGAAAUGUUGCAACGGUUACGUUAUCUUGGUGGCCGACUCUAGUUUCUUUUUUGUCUCUUUGUAGAAAAUUUUCGUCUUGUUUGAAGGAUCUGGAGCUUCGCUUAUUUAUCAUCAAAUUGUCAGAAGCUAUCAGGUUAACCAAUUACUUCACAGCGUCUUCCUUGAUUGAGUCAAUGCGGUCCUGCUCGUGGCUCCUUCAGUAAAGUUAGGCUGUAGAGGUUUUUUCCUUUAGAUUCUUAGCAUGUAAUUCUUGUUAAUUGUUUCGGGACACACAACUCGCCUGCUUUGGAUUACUAAUGUGUAAUGUUUGGAUUAAUAUCAAUCUAAUGUGUAAUGUUUUUUCCCCUUUAGAUUCUUAGCAUGUAAUUCUUGUUAAUGGUUUCGGGACAUACAACUCGCCUGCUUUGGAUUACUAAUGUGUAAUGUUUGGAUUAAUAUCAAUCUAAUGUGUAAUGUUUUUUUUUCCUUUAGAUUCUUGGCAUGUAAUUCUUGUUAAUGGUUUCGGGACAUACAACUCGCCUGCUUUGGAUUACUAAUGUGUAAUGUUUGGAUUACUAUCAAUUUAAUCUUCCGGUGAGAAGAAAACCCAUACAUUCACAUAAAAUACUUUCAACCUAAUAAAUAUAGUGUAAUUAUAUUGAAAACCUAAACCCAAUGCACACCAUCUCAAUAGCAAAUUCACGACCUCAAUCCAACCAAACUCAUACGGUCCUCCACACAUCCCAUAAACUCACAAAUCUCUCAAGAGGAAAUCCAUGAAGACCAGAAAUAACACACACAAACACAGAGACAUGUCCAAGAGAAAGACAAAGAGCAAGGUGAUAUCUUUUAUGCCUUAUGCAAGCAAAAUACACUUUAAAGCACAAAAGUAAAGAUGCUUCUUUCUGGUUUGUUAAUAUCAAACCCUAGGGACCGUUGGGGAGAAUCAGGCUGGCUAACAGAAGAUGACUUUGAUGUUUCUAUCAUGGGAGCUGCUUGUUUUAAGGAACUACUCUUGUUAUCAUCAUUCACAUUCUCCACUUUCACUUCGUGUAUAACAGUAUAAUUGUAUCUUCAACACCACAUCAAGUUAGCAUGGACAAACUUACUGCCAUGGGUCAUCGCUAACGACCAUCAUAUCGUUCUCACUAUCGGUGUACAAGAUCCUCCAUCCAUUUAGGGUUGCCUGAGAAGCCCUUCCAUAUUGAACAGGCAUUCCAUCUCGGAAAGAAGAUCAUUUUAUAGUUGGAAUAGGUCAAUAGCUCUGCCCACCAGGCUUCCUUGCUUGUGAACCUUUUGAACACAAGAAAUCAUAAGAGGAGACGUCAAGAGAUGCAGCUCCAAGAAACGAAAUAUUUGAUAAAGAAGUGUUUGCUGACAAGAACUGGAAUAUAAUUUAUUUUCAAAAUAGCACAAAUGUAAUAUCAUAUAAUACCAUAGCAUAUAUACUUAUAAAAAAUUAUUGGAGAAUAUAAUAGUGUACGUACUAUAUGAUAAAGAAGUGUAAAUUGAAUGCUUCAAGAACUUAAAAUUGUUUAGAAAAGACAAUAUCAUAAAUCAAGCAUAAAAGUGCUGAUCAGACUGAUCAAGCAGUGAAAACCAAAAAUCUUCACUGCUUGAUCAGUCUGAUCAGCACUGUUAUGCUUGAUUUAUGAUAUUGUCUUUUCUAAACAAUUUUAAGUUCUUAAAGCUAUAGUCAUGCUGAGGGAUUUAAUCCAUGCUACAGUAGAGCCUAAUCCAAAAUGAAAACCAAAAUCUGAGUUCCAAAGAAGAAAAUGAAUAUGGAAAUGAAUAUCAUCAUGAUGGCCAUCCUCCUCACCCUUAAUCUGAUUAGAUAUUAAUCGAUUCUGAUUAGACAAUGUCAUGCUUUAAGUUUCCCUCAUCUCUCCUAAGUAUGUUGUGUUUAUCUUCUUUUGCGGAAUUCAUUUUUUUUUUCUUGUUUUGUUUUUGAAACUCAAUCUUAAUUAAAAGGGGGCAAAGUUAGUUGGGAGCCAUAAUGUCUCCAUCAACCACCGAGUGUUCAACAACACCGAGAGCAGAUUUUGGUAAAACAUCAUCUUGGCUAUUCCUCUCUCGAGGAAUACAAGAAAAAGAGACAAACUCAAACACAAAUGCAAAGGAUAAAAUGUAUGCAACCACUCCAUAGAGCUCUUGUAUGCAAUUUCCUUAGUUUACAGAUUUGAUGAGCUGGGCAGAAUCCAAUUCGAAGCACACUUAUAGGUUAUGGAUUUUACCCACUUUUGACCAUGAUUUAUAUAUGUUUUUAGAAUCUUUUAUAUGCAUUUGGAGCUUUUUCAGAGUUUUUACAGGUUUAGGUACUCAUUUGAGGAAACUUGUGACUAUGGAGCAUUUUGGAACAUUUUUGAGAGCUUUGCUGAAAUCACUAAGACGGAUCGAUUAUUGAAGACAAACAUCGAUCAACAGAUCAAUACCAACAUUGAUCGACGGAUCAUUGACGCCGAUCGACGGCGAACCAUCCGCGAGAAUCAGCAUUUAAAGAAAUCACAAGUUUCACCCAAAACUCCAAUAAUUGCACCAUAAGUCCCUGAACACAUGUUAGGCUAUUUAUUAGGGUUUUGUAUCAUUUUAGAGGCAGGUCUUCUUGAGACUUAUUCCACCAUUGCCACACACUUGAAGAGAAGGCAUACUUGAUAGCUUGGAGAGUUUGGGAUAGGAGAAAGAGAUCUGAACUUCAUAACAGAGAAGAUCUUGAACUCCCUUGUUUCUUUUCUCUGUCUUGUUUACUUUUCAUACUCAUUUAAUUUAAGUAUUAUCAUGACCAUGUUUCUUAUGAAUAUAUCUGAGUAGUUUUAUUGUUCGAUUAAGGUUUUUCAAAGGGUGAUCUUGCUAAUAUGAACUGUUGUUAGGAUGUUUUAAGCUGUUCUUGAUUUAGUUUCUCUUAAUGAUAAGUCUAGGAUUGAUCACCCUAAACUUAGAUCUUAGAUUUAAUUGGCGCAAGCAGAAGCUUGGUUAAUUGCCUCAAAUUAAACUAGAAUGAUCUAAUUGACUAGAUACACACGUAAAUUGGUCUAGGAGAUUAGAGAACCCAUCAAACCCGUUUGCAAAGCGUGCUAGAAGGAACGUCGAUCGACAACUCCAUAUUUGCAUCGAUCGAGGGACUGAAAGGUGUAUCGAUCGACAUUCAUAUAGAAUCGUCGAUCGACACUUUCUCAAGAUCAACAAGCGAUAACUGAGAUCUUAGAUCUAGACAUUAGAUAAUCUAAACAAACACAAGUUGAUAGAUUACACUUACGUUUGAGUUCGAGAACAUAUCAUUUAUAAUUCCUAAUAACUUAAUUAAGUUUGCAUACUUGUCACACCUGAGAUUUAUCCCAAAUCUAGGUGUUUCCCAAAUAGUUUUCCUAAAUAGGGUAUAUGCGGAUAUAUACUUUUACACGAAAUAUAAGUAUAAGAUUAAUAUAUAUACAUUAUUUUUGAAAAAACUGAACAUAAAUAUAUUUAAAAUCCACUUUUAUGUAUAAGUAUAUAGUUUAACAUAUAUAAAUAGUUUUAAAUUAUAAAAAUUAAAGUCAUUUUAAAUAUAUAAAGAUGAUAAAUUAAAAUGAUUUUGCAACAAUUAUACAGAUAUCUACAAUCAUAUAAAUACAUAAAAUAAAUAAAAGUAAUAUAAAUAAUAACAUUAAUAAAAUAUAAUAAUAAUAUUAAUAGUUUAUUUUUUGAAUAUUAAUGCUUAAAAUCCGCUUAGACAUCCGCGUGGACCGCAUAAUGUCCGCCUAAACGCUAUUAUUCAUCUGAAUUAUACAAAUUCGUAUAAAAUACUGUAUAAUAUAAAAGAAAUUCGGUUGGCUACUGUAUAUCGUCUAAACGCCGCCUAUUAGAACACUGCUUGGUUGUGUAUAGCAUUAAAUACGUGCUUUAUGGAGAACCAAGCUGCCUUAGUUGAGGCUGAACGUAUCUAUCAUAACUGAUUAUCUAUGAGCACCUUAAAAUCUAAGACUUUCAAUUGAUCAAUUUGUUGGCCUAGAUAUCAAGUGUACGCAUUACUCUGAAAAACCAUUGGUUAUGAUGGUUCGACGGUAUGUAACACCUUCGGAAUCACUGACUUCGUUAGAAUCAUCGCCUACACAUAUAACAUUUGUUCCGUUUGUUAUGCGGGCUGUUCAUUUAAAACGUAGCCCACACAGCAUGCAAACUCAGCCAGAAAACAACGUUAAAUGACUAAAGUUUAGGAUGCUUACUUGUCAACAUGAGGGAUGCCCUAGCUGAGGUGGCUUCCAUAAUACUAUCAAUAAUAUUUUUAAGAUUCAAACGUCUUAUUUUCACUUUUUAAUAUUCCACAUCGUUUUCAACCUAAAAAAUUCAACACAUUCACUUAUUAGCUAGUAAAUGAUUUUGUUCAAUAAAAUUCAAUACUCUAUUUAACUAAUUAAUAAUUAUUAUUAUUUUUGUUCAAGUAAAUUAUAAACUUUAUCUAUUUCUAUAAAUGAAUUUUGAAAUACGAUGAUGUGCACUUUUUCAAUUAUCGUUAGUCACUGUAAAUAUAAGGAGCCUAUACAUUGUAUGAUGUCUCUAUUAGCAUAAAUAUAAGAGAAUGCAAUACAAUCAUAUAUACUUAUCCUUAAAUUUUCUUUUAUAAAAAGUAUAGGAGAAUAUAAUAGUGUACUUUUAAGUUUAAUAUUUUCUUCUAAUGUUAAAGCUUUUGAGGGUCAAUUGGUACACAUGUCUAGUUUCAUACUUUGUCAAAUAUUAUAAUUUUUAUAACAUUUAUACACUGUGAUAUAUCUACUAGUUAUAAUGACGUUGUUAUCUUUAUAAAAAAUAUAAAUAUCAUAAAUAGUCAAAUAUAGUAGAUUAUGAUACAUAUCACAAAUUAAAUGAAAAUAUUAGAGUCAAAUAUAUAUGAAUUUCAUACCUUAUUUUGAUGGAAUGUAAAGAAAGUCAAAUGUAUCAAAAUGGUAAAUUGAUAUUCAAAUAUAAGACCUACAAAAAUUGAAUUAAAAUUACUUUUAGAUAACUUCAAACAUUAACUGCUGGUAUAUGAUAUUUAGCUAUAAAUAUACAAAGUCAUCAUCAUACAAACACCAUCCAAUAUUUUAUUUUUCCAGUUAUCAAUAUAGAGAAACAAUGAGAAAGACCAAAGGUCGUCUAAAAACAAAAAUGGUUAAAAUAGAAAAAGAAAAAAAUCUUCAAGUUACGUUUUGUAAAAGAAAAAAUGGUCUUUUCAAAAAAGCUAAUGAGCUUUGCACACUUUGUAAUGCUCGUGUUGCUAUUAUUCUGUUUUCACCUAGUGGAAAAGUUUUCUCGUUUGGUCAUACAAAGGUGGAAACUAUAAUAGAUCGGUUCGAAAAAACUGACCAUCCAGAUAGCAACAUACAAAGCAAUAUGCAACUUGGUGAAAUCCAUCAAAAUUCUACAAUUCGAGGUCUGAACAAUCGUCUUACUGAGGUAAUUUUUUUGUAUUAUUAUUCAGAAAUAUUGUUAUGUUUGAGAAAAUUAUAAAAGCCAUAAUCUACGCAGUUAUAUUUCUUUUUUAAUAUUUAUUCUUAUUAGCUGUUAUAAAUAACGUAUAUACUGUAUAAAAUACAUAUUCUCCAUAUUUAGAGUUGAUAUACUCAUAAUAUGGAAAAUAAAUGCUAAUAAUAUGAUGUAAAAUUUGAUGCCCUAAGCGAUAUUCUUGUUGACAUAUUUCUGCAGUAUUAAUUUUUAGUGUAGGUAUAUAUGUUUAUGUUCAUUGAAAAAUAAUUUGAGAUAUUACCAACUAGGGUGUUACAAAAAAGAAACUAAAUAAGUUUUUAUAUAUGCAGGUGAUGAAGAACCUAGAAUCUGAGCAAAAAACAAAUGAAGAGUUGAAGAAACUAAGAAAAAAAUCCAAAUUACCUGAGAUUUGGUUGAAAGAAUCCAUUGGAGGACUUGACUUAGGUCAAGCCAAAGAAUUCAAAGGUAAACUUGAAAAUUUGAAGAAACAAGUGAUAUAUGAAGCUUUCAAAAGCUUCCUAGCAACACCAUUUCCUCAUCCUGGCUUUUAUGGGGGAAGCUCUAGUAAUGCUCCUUGUGGCGGGGUUGAUGGUAACGUGAAUGCUUUCGACAACCAUAACAUGGUUCCCCCCAAUCAUCCUUCACCAUUUGUCCCCGGAUUCAACCAUAACAUGGCUCUCCCCAGUCAUCCUAAUCCGAAUGAAUCUGGAAAUGAACAUCCUCAUGAUGGCCAUCCUCCUCAGCCUAGAUCAGAUUAAUAUUAAUCAUCUCUAAUAAGAUACAGUUGAAGUCUUUAGACAAAAGCAUGUUCUAUUUUAUCCUCAUCUCUCCUAUGUAUGUUGUGUUUUUUCUUCUUUAGCAGAAUUCCUUAUUUCUUCUUGUUAUGUUGUUGUGUGUGUGUUUUAAUACAAUGUUGUUGUUUUUUUUCCUUUCUUUUGCUUACUCAAAAUUAUGUUGUUAUCCUCAUCUUCAUAUAAAAAAUAUAUAUUUAAGAAUAUGCUGUAGUAUUUUCUUUCAAAAAGCAGUUUAAUAAAAACAUAGAAUUAUAAACUUAUCUUAUAGAAAACUUCAAGCCAUAACUUGGUUCUCCCUCAACACGACUAUUACUUGAGCAAAGGAGAAUGGUUAACAUGAAUGCUUUCGACAACCAUAACAUGCAAGGUUCUCCCCAAUCAUCAUUUACUAGUUGGAAAUUAUAGUCGUGUAGAGGAACUUGUCCCUGGAUUCAACCAUAACAUGGUUCUCCCCAGUUAUCAUAAUACAAAUGAAUCUGGAAAUGAACAUCCUCAUGAUGGCCAUUCUUGUUGAUGCAGGUGAUGAACAACCUAGAAUCUGAGCAAAAAAUGAGUGAAUAGUUGACAAAACUAAGAAAAAAAAUUCAAAAUACCUGAGAUUAGGUUGAAAGAAUCCAUUGGAGGACUUGACUUAAGUCAAGCCAAAGAAUUCAAAGGUAAACUUGAAAAUUUGAAGAAACAAGUGAUAUAUGAAGCUUUCAAAAUCUUCCUAGCAACACCAUUUCCUCAUCCUGGCUUUUAUGGGGGAAGCUCUUGUAAUACUCCUUUUGGGGUUGAUGGUGGUAUUAAUAUCGACCCUAAUUUGAACCCCUUUGAGCAAAGGAGAAUGGUUAACGUGAAUGCUUUUGGCAACCAUAACAUGGUUCUCCCUGAUCAUCCUUCACCAUUUGGAAACUAUAGUCGUGUUGAGGGAUUUGUCCCCGGAUUCAACCAUAACAUGGCUCUCCCCUGUCAUCCUAAUCCGAAGUAAUCAGAGGAAAUGAACAUCCUAAUGAUGGCCAUCCUCCUCAGCCUAGAUCCGACUAAUAUUAAUCAUUUCUAGUGUGAUGCAGUUGAAGUUUUUAGACAAAAUCAUGUUCUAGUUUAUCCACAUCUCUCGUGAGUUUGUUUUGUUUAUCUUCUUUACCAGAAUUCCUCAUUUCUUCUUGUUAUGUUGUUGUGUUUUUUUAAAUCCAAUGUUGUAGUUUUUUCUUUUUCCUUUCUUUUGCUUAUUCAGAAUUAUGUUGUUGUUAUCCUCAUUUUUAUCUAAUUUUUUUUUGAAAGAGUGAUGUUGUAGCAUUUAAAAAAAAAAAAAAAAUUUAAUAAAAAACAUAUAAUUAUAAAUUUUUUUUACUGAAAACUUCAAGCCAUGCACAUCAUCUCAAUA